AUGCUCUCCAGGAUAAGCUCUAGUAGAGCUAUAAAAUCUCCCACAAUGCACCAGCAAGUCAGACACAAACAGACAAUAUCCAUGGUUGGUGAAGUAAAUCUAUCCUCGCGAAGAGUCAUGCGUAAAAUAAAAAUGGGCAGAGCACGUCCAGCCAUAAUGUACCAAUUUGACACAUUGGUCGAGCUUAGUGAUGGAUCAGUAAUCAAGCGUCGAUCACAAGCUCCCAAAGAUGAAAUCAGAAUGAUUAAUGAUCAAAGGAAUAGUUUGAGGUGGAACCCACAUAGAGCAGAUUUGGAUACUUCUGAUUUGACAGCCACGGGUAAGAUUGGUAAAUUCAGAAGCAAAUAUGCCGGAUUCAGUGGUGAAGAAGAAAACAAAAAUGGCAAAGCGAAUGAAGAUAAAGCAGAUACCAAAAAGGAAUUGUCAUUGGAAGAAGAGGAGGCGUUGAAGGCAAAAGAGAAGGAAUUGAACAAGGCAAGAGAUCAAGAGUUGUUUGACUUGAUGGGUGAAAAUGCAGAGGAGAUUGUUGGUGGAGGUAAGUUGUACGACAAGAAGGCAGACAAGAAGAGAUUCAAAUAG